AAGUCCAGGAGCCUUAUGCUGUGGUGGUGCUCUUGGAGAAAGACUUGAUUGUGGUGGAUCUCACACAGAGCAACUAUCCUGUGUUUGAGAACCCAUAUCCCAUGGACAUCCACGAGUCUCCUGUAACCUGCACGGGUUAUUUUGCAGAUUGUCCACCAGACAUUAUCCCGAUUCUCUACUCAAUAGGAGCGAAACACAAGAAGACCGGCUACAGUCAAAAGGAGUGGCCAGUUGGUGGUGGAACAUGGACAUUAGGCUCCCACACUUAUUCAGAAAUCAUCAUCACAGGACAUGCUGAUGGGUCAAUAAAGUUUUGGGAUGCAUCUGCAUUCACGCUACAGAUGUUGUACAAGCUAAAGACCUCCAAAGUGUUCGAGAAGCCAAAGCCAGGUGAUGGUCGGGCUGCUGAGAUGGGGGAGGACGAUCCUUUUGCUGUCCAGAUGGUUAGCUGGUGCCCUCAUAGUCGCAUCUUCUGUGUGGUCGGCAUCUCGGCACACAUUAUUCUGUAUCGCUUCAGUAAAUAUGAAGCCAACACUCAGACAGUGUCCUUAGAAGUGCGUUUGCAGUGUGAACCGGAGGAUAUUAUUACUCCAUCUGAGAAUGAAAACAAUCCCUGCUUCUCAGAGCCCACAUCUCACUCACCCCAAACCCACUACCAACAUCCUGUUAGCCCUGGAAGCAGAACACCCGACGGAGCUAAAGACAGCGUCCCCUCUCUCAAAGUGAAGGAAAAAAUGGUUCGCGUCCCUCCUGGCUAUCAGUCAGACUUGGUCAUCCAGCUGCUGUGGGUAGACGGUGAGCCACCACAGCAAAUCACCAGCCUGGACAUCAAUUCUGCAUAUGGCUUGUUGGCGUUUGGGAAUUGUAACGGGCUUGCGGUGGUUGACUACUUACAAAAAACAGUUAUAUUGUGUAUUUCAACACUGGAUCUAUACGGAGCCACCGACCCCUACCAACGCCUUACCCGUUCCCCCCGUAGGAACCGGCAGUCCACCUCAGAGCAUUGCAUGCGCGGCCUGUCUAACUUUUAUUCAGAUUCAAAGAAAAGGAUCCGUACAUCCUAUCAGAGCCUUACUGAACUCACUGACAACCAGCAGUCCAUAGACAUGGAGAGAAGCAAGUCACCCACUUCAGUUCAUUACCCAACCUCCCUUCACAAUGACCCACGCAUCCUGCCAGAACCGGUGGCCAGUCUGAGAGCCAGCCACUGCAGUCCAGUCUUUUACUUACUGGACAAUGUAAAGGGACCCGGCAGAAAGUUAAGUCUGCCCACAGAUCUUAAGACUGAUCUUGAUCAUGUCAAUGGACAUUGCACUAGUCCCACCUCUCAGCCCUGCUCGGCGGGGAAGCCUCGCAUUCCGAUGGGUCCCGAGGGGCCACGGCUAACCCGCAGAGGCCCUGGCCGACCACCCUUCCGAAAGGCCCAGUCUGCUGCUUGCAUGGAGAUCUCUUUGCCUGUGUCCCACACUGAAGGGCAUGCAUCAAGAAGGGCAAUGCUUCAGCAGUUACAUGGAGUCACUAUGUACUCCCAUGACGAACACCACACCACCACCUCGUACUGCUGGAAUGAGAGAGAGAGCCGUGAAAACUCCUUCAGCCGCUCUCGCAGCUCCAGCGUGUCUAGCAUUGACAGGGACACCAAAGAAGCUAUCACCACACUGCAGUUUGGAGAGUCCUAUGGACGCAAGCAUGAUGCCCUCCCCACACCAUGUCUGUGGGUGGGAACUAGUUUAGGAGUGGUCAUUCUCAUCCCACUGUCAAUCCCCACUGACCAUGAGGAGCGGAUCGAGGACCCUGUAACAGUUGGCCCUAGUGGGGCAGUCCUAAUGUUGAAAGGCUCUGUGCUUCGUUUUGCUUUCUUGGACUGCAAUGGAGCUCUUAUUCAGAGCCCAUAUGAGGUUUGGAGGGACCUGAAUGCUCCAGAGGACCCUGAUCGACCAAGGAGGCGCAAGCUGGUCCACUUUUCCCCAUCCUCUUCCCAGGAUGCCUUUGGGGAAGGACAUUUGGCAGUGGUGUGCUCUGAGAGGCAGGCCAAAGUGUUCCUGAUGCCCUCACAGUCUUGCCUCUUUGUCCACAACAUCACAGAGUCAUCCUUUGUGCUCCGAGCAGAUGUGGUAUCUCUGUGCAACAGUGUGUGUUUGGCAUGCUUCUGCGCUAAUGGACAUGUCAUGACACUCAGUUUGCCCAGUUUAAGACCGCUGAUGGAUGUCAAUUACCUGCCUCUGACAGACAUGCGCAUUGCAAGAACCUUUUGUUUCACCAAUGAGGGGCAGGCACUGUAUCUCAGCUCCCCAACAGAGAUCCAGAGAAUUACAUACAGCCAGGAGAUGUGUGACAACCUGCAGGAAAUGCUCGGGGAGCUGUUUACUCCAAUUGAAACACCAGAAGCUCAAAACAGAGGGUUUUUAAAGGGGUUCUUUGGAGGAAAUGCCCACACUUUCGACAGAGAGGAACUCUUUGGUGAAGCAGCAGCUGGGAAGGCUUCUCGGAGUUUGGCGCAGCAUAUCCCCGGUCAGGGAGGUGUAGAGGGAAUGAAGGUUGCAGCCAGUGGAGUAGUCGGUGAUCUGGCACGGGCUCGCAUUGCUCUGGAUGAGAGAGGCCAAAGGUUGGGGGAGCUGGAGGAGCGAACUGCCUUGAUGAUGACAAGUGCAGAAACGUUCUCCAAACACGCUCAUGAGCUGAUGCUGAAAUGCAAGGACAAGAAGUGGUACCAGUUCUAAAACCAGGAUGCAAGCACGAGGCUGACGCUGGCCUGUUAGGAACUUCAUCCUGCAGCAGGACUUUCACAUGUGAAACGAAAGCAAUCAGAAGAGACAUGAUAGUAACUUUGUCUUUCCCGCUUUUAGAAUCACCUGCGUGUUCUUCGGUGUCACUUUGCUGAAGGACAAGCACGGGUUUGUUUCUCUUCUAGACAGGGGUUGAUACAGACUGUUGGAGAACGCCAAUGUUUGAUGCUCUAAAGAGGAACCUGGAAAAUUCCAACGAUUCUGUGUGAGUGUCUGUGCGUGCGUGUGUGUUUGUCUGAAAGUGAGCUCGCGUGAUAGGGUUUUCUGGAUCUUACUGUGUAGAUACUCAAAAGUUAUGAAACCAACAAGAAAUGCAUGAAACAGCAAUGGAUGAGUAUUAAAAAUAUCCAACUGCCAUAUUAAAAAUCAGCAUGCUUAUUUAACAGAUUUAAAAUUAUGACGAAAAGAAACUUUUAUUUAUGAUGUAAGCCAAUGACAGAAACUAUGAAAAACUUUAUAUUUUUGAGAUACAGGCAAAAAAUAUAUAUAUAUCGAAAAAGGGAAACGUAUAACUGCAUUGCUAUUAAGCCAAAAUAUGUUACUUUCCCUUUUUUUAAAUUUUAUUUCAGGUUGAUUUUAUUAGUAUUAGUAAGCAAAUAUUACUUGAUACAAUAUAAAUGCACAUGAAUAACCAUCUACACAACCUUAAAAUAAUGUAAUAUUGAAACUUUCUUAUAACUUUAUUUACUCUGGGCUGCACAGUGCAAGUUUAAAAAAAAUAAUAAUAACACUUAACUCUGCUCAUACCCAAGUGUUUUCACUUUUUCAGCUUAGGUUACAAAGAGGGACAUCUCAGUACUCAAAAGUUGUAUGAAAGCAGAAACUGGAGUGACUUAGGAUAAGGAGAGUCUAUUCUGAAUCGUGUGUUUAUAUCUGUUGUACAAACCUAUAUACAAUUUGUGUGCCAUAAAAAGCGAGUAGGAGGAAUGUUAUCACUGGAAGCUUAACAGGAGGAGGUAAUGUGUGGGAGGGAUGGAUCUUAAAAUAAUACACAGUUUUUUGUUUUUUUUUCUCUAUCCAUGUGAGGGCAGAGGAUGUUUUUGAUAUGGUUGAAAUGGCUUUGAGGCGAGGGAUCCAUCAUGUUAGAGGGUGACAUAAGCAUUUGCUAAAGAAACUGUUCAGUAGUCUUUAAACUGCAUUCCAAUAAGCUUUAAUGCUUAUCUUUGCGUUUGUUUAGUUUGGAUUCACUGGAAAAAAAUGUUUUUUUACUUCAGACUGAAUUACAUUGUGUUUUGUUCAAAUAUAAAAUACUUCAAUUUGUCAAAUCUGAAGAUAAAUUGAUUUACAUGAAAAGGAAGUUCUUUAGAACACAGUUUAACACAUAUAACAUGUCUCUGUUCUUAAAAACACAAAAGAGAGAAUCUUAUGCUUUGUUUUAAUCUACAACCAUUUUACAUUGAGCAAAACCUUAAAAAUGGGGACAAAAAGAUGGGUGUUCCCAGUGCACCACUCAUGCAGGUCCGCUAUGAGUGUUUAUUUACGUCCGUCUUUAAAUGCUGUUCUUAGAUGUCAGUAUUAAGCAGGACUUUUUUCUGUUGUGUGCGUGUUCAAGAAAGAUUUCACAUAUGACUUAUUUUCUUUCAUUUCAAUCAAAAGAAAAUUGCACCCUCCCUUCUCUCUACAACGCAUUGAUGUGCAUUAUUCCAUGUGAAGCCUAAACAGACAUUUCCUCUCAACAGAGCAACAUGCAUGGAGAUAUAACCGUUUCUCCAAUAAAAGUGUGAGCUUGGAUCAGUUACAUCUCUGCUGUCUGUGAGUAGUGUGUCUGUAAACAGUUCAGGGGAAAUAACAGUAUUUUUUUAGUGAUGUUCAGAUGUUGAGUCAGUGAGGGAAAAAUGUGUAUAUGUGUAAACAUUUGCUGCAAUUUCAACUGAAGGCAAAAAUUGUUUUUUUUUUCUUCCCUUUCAAGAUUGUUCUUACUGACUAUGAAAACCUUGUGUCUCAGUCAAAUAUUUGAUGGUUACAGCCUCUUCACUGUAGGCUUAUGUAUUUUUAAAAGCAACUAAUGUUUCAUGAUACAUGGUUGUGUAUCAAAUUGUGAUUGUGUUGUACGUCAGUGGGUAGCCACACGACACAGACUAACGGCGUCAAGCGAGAAGGAUAUUUCGUACUUGUGUACUCGUCUGUAUUUUGAACUAAUCUGAAAAAGAAAAAAAAAGUUAUGGAGUACCAACUUUCAUCACUCACACGCUAGUUCAGGACAUCAAGCUUAAAUCAAGUUGCCAUGGUCAUCUAGAGGCCACUCUCAUGUGCAAAAUCCAAAACAUGCUGAAUUAAUUUAAAGUCCGAAAAACAAAUAUACAGACUCAUGUCAGUCAUUUCCAUCAGCUUUCUCAAGCUGCUGAGACAUUCCUUAGAUAUACACAAUCCUCAAACACAGGUGCUUUAAGCUAACGAUCCUGACAUUUAACAGUAGAACUACAUAGAUAAAAGAAAAACACCCCAUUUCAAUCGAACAUCUGGGUUGACAUGUAAUGAUAAUAAUAAUAUUAAUAAUAAUAAUAAUACAUCACUCUCCUAUCUCUGUACCGUCAGUGACAUU